AUGCAGCGUUUCUCGCAAAAGCUUGCGGCGGAUUUGGAAAACCGCACCGCGUUUUUGGUGCAGCUGCGGGCUCUUCUUACGCAAGCCCAAAAAAUACUGCAGGGGAAUCAGCGAGGCAAGCUGCAGGAACUGCAGGUGGGCAUCGAGGAGUGGGUCAGGGAGGUGGACGAGGUGGGAACACCAGGCACUUCCAUUUGUAACCCAAACCUUGAAGCCUCCAUCGAACUAUCGCACAACCAAGAGCAGCUGCAGGAGGGAGGCCCCGUCGACACAAACGGGGGGGUGGACGAUAACAAAAAAAAUGGGACUCCCAGAAGCCCAUUAAAUCCGACAGUGGAAGCCUCGCCGUCGCCACUGACCACGGCACCCCCCACUGCUCAAACGCCGCAUGGAGAUGAGCUCUCAUGCUCCACAGUGGGCAUGGGUAACAGCGUGAGCAAUGCGGCGUUUCGCGGUUCAGCCAGUAGUUUUUCUGCUUUUUCCAGUGAUUUUGAGUUGCGAAACUUGGAGGAUUUUGCGGAAUUUCUUAGCAUGUUUUUCCCCAGUGGUCUUCAAGAACUCGUGAAGCUACGCAGUAUAGGACGCAAUGCGGCGCGUCUCGUUAUUGUGCGCUGCUUUUCCAUCAUUACUUGUUCCCUUCAACAAGUUUUAUGUCAAGUCUACGGUGAAAUGCAUCACGUUGCAGAAUCGACGAUGGCCACCAAUGGAGAGGAUAAUGGGCUUCCAAGUGCAUCAUUUUUUGUUCCUUUGGCACGUGAUAUUCGUGUUUCCACCAAUGCGGUGAUGAAGUGCCUAGAGCUUUUGACGGCUCAUUGCGACGUACUUUCUAUGCGGUUUGCAGCACAGGUUUGCGUGGAUAUUCUGAAGCAGCUACGUCAGUGUGUCACUCUCUUUGUGUAUCGGGCCCUGCGUGGGGAACUGCGCCGUCUGCGUACGAUGGGGAUCGAUGCAAAAGACCGUGAUGCACUUCUUCUAGAUGCGUCAAGGGUGCGGCAAAGCGCUAAAACGAGGGCAAAAGAAUUGCAACUUCUUCUGGGGCCCUCUUUGCUCAUUAGUAUCGAGCACCUCAUGGGCAUUGUCCGUCCCACUGUGCGAUACUUGAUGUCCGUUGUCUCAUUCAAAAACACCGUGUCCUCUCAGGAGCAACAAGUCCUCAAGAAUGAUGUGUGCGCAAAUUUAUUUACUUUGGCACAGUGGGUGACACCAGCAUUGUUGCUGAGGCGACGGAGACAGCAGUCGUCAUCGGAGGAUAAUCUCGCGAAGGAAAGAGAAGGAGAUUUUGCCUCGGGGCGAUCACCCAAGACCGUCUUCUCGCUGUCGGGGUCGUUACCUGAACUGGACGGUAUUGAGGCCACACACACAUUUUAUUACCAAUUCGUUUGUUUUGUCAUGGACUCCGUGUUUCCAGUGGUAUUUUCGCCUGAAUACACCGCUUGCGUCGCACAGCAUUGCGGGGAUCAGAAUGAAGGACAACUUUUGGCAGUACGUGUCCUAAACGACACGAUUGUGCAAUUAGCCGAAAGGGAAAUGGAGGAGUUUCGGCACCUGCUUGGGUGUUCUGCGUGGAGGAAGCGCAUUACGGAAGGCAUUCUGAACUGCCUUGUGUCGCUGCAACCGGUGGUGCUUGAGGCAGGCCUGGAGACACUUCAACGGAUUGUUGUGGGGUGCCCCGAGUCUCUUGGCUCUGAAGUAGGAUUUGUGUACACGAGCGGGGUCUUUGGGCUCCUGGAAUCGGAAAGCACCCCGCCCGUGAUGAGACGAUCACUUCUUCGACAUGUGAUCAGCACUUUCUUUAAACCCACAAGCGUCCCCGAUGAGCCAUCGCUCUUGCUGCGUCUCUAUCGACAUUUCGACCUUAACGUGCAGUGGCACCAGCUGAAUGUCGUGCAGCAGGCUGUCGCGACGCUCUCAAAGACGGUGCGCUGCGCCGCCCCGGAGGAUUUUGCCGACGAGAAGGAGGUGAAAAAUGAUAGCCAGGAGAUCACAGCACCGCGGAAGAGUUUGCCGUUUCUUGCUCUCCAGGGCCUUUCGUUGGCGGUGGAACUGCUCGCCGUGCACAUCCCCCGCGAUGGUGACGCCGUCGGAGGAAAAUCCUACCCAAUGCUGAGAAAUCGCGACGACAAAAUGGAGGAACAACGUGCCGUCGACAUCAUCAACAGUUCUCCCCUAAAAGGGAUAAAAAAGUUGUUUGGAGUCACGGAUGACGAAAUGAAUCCAGGCGGGCAUAUGAAUUUGGCGGGAAAAAAUUGGGCACAUCAGCACAUACCAUUACCGGCAUCCCCAGCGAUAGAGGAAAAGGUGCGUCGCAUAGUGCAAUUCCUUAUGGAGACGCCCUCUUUAAAUCCUGAAUCGGUUGCGGAAUUCCUCUCGCAUCCAGCCGUGUUUCCAUUGCAGGUCUGUCGGGUCUUCAUGGAAGCACUGCCCAUCGCUGGCAGGAGUCUCGUGGAGGGAUUGAGGAAAUUGUUCAGCGUAGUGCAGUUGCCCAAGGAAGGACAACGCAUUGAGCGGCUCAUUGAGUUCUUUUGCAGUGCGUACUUUAAGGCAAACUCGGUUGAUGGUAUAGAUAUUGAGACGUUUCCGUUUGAAUCCGAAAACGCAUGUUUUAUUAUGGGCGUGGCGAUCAUUAUGCUAAACACCAAUCUUCACAACCCACAUGCUGCAUCGACGAAAAUGACGGAUUCCAGCUUUUGUGCACAGCUGAGGGGCUGCAAUGAGGGCAAGGACUUUCCAGAACGCUUUGCAAAGAAUAUAUUUAACGAAAUUCAUCUGCACUCACUCUCCAGCAUGAAGGGAUUCUGGUCUGCGGGAAUGAGUAGCGGUGUGCGCUACGCAAGCGUGCCUUUCCCGCGGAAAAUGGAUUCCAUCUUUUUUUCAAGUGAAGAGCGCCGUGAAUUGGCAUUUGGUGUGGUGCGGCAGCGUCUCUUGAGUGAAACACGCGAGCUGGUUUACCGCCAUAGUAAUAUUAUACAAACCCAAUUGGAGGAGAUGAAAUUAAGAGACUGGUGUUGUGUCACGCGGGAUUUGUUUUUCAGCACAUGGCCUUCAUUGUGUGCGGUAUUCGGUGUGGCUGGGCAUGGCGCAAAAGUGCCAGAGGAGGCCCUGACUCUCUGCGUGAUGGGCCUCCGCAGCAGUUUUCUUGUGGCAACCGCAUUUGGCCUGCAGACGGAGUGUGGGGUGUCACAGCUGGCGCUGUUGCGCAUGGCUACUUUUGAGCCUAUGCGUGAUGUGUGCCACAAAAGUAUCCUUGAAGUGGCCUCAUCGCCUUACAGUGUUUCUUUUUCUGCGCCGUGCUGGGUGCCAGUGGUGGAAUUGCUCGUUGCCAUACGCAAGCAGCAGCAGCAGCAGCAGCAGACAAUGGUUGUCGAGUCUGAAUCCGUGUUUGGUCGCGUGGAGGAGUUUACACGUGAAUCCUGCGAGAAUGACGGUAAAAAGGCAACCCCAGCUGUAACGAGUGUCUGCAAGAACGCUGUGCGAGAAGUGUUGCAGGGUAUUUCGACGGUACUGCAGGAUACAAGUGUCGAUGGAGAGACUCUCUCUGCGGCAUUUUAUGUGCUGCGGCGAUUUCUUGGAUACUCGCUUAUCUCACACGAACAAGAGCAAGGUGCGGUUGUGACGAACUUCAUCAAUGUACGUGACUUCAGUAACUUCAUUGUUCCGACGCUUGUCGAUAUCGUAGAGGCACGGAAUGGAAAUGGGGAUGGAUACAUGCAUCUUGUGGUGGAAUUUGUCGUGGAUAUCCUCAACACCAUGUGGGGCUCGUGUAUCUGUGAAACGAAGCUUGAAGGUGUUGAGCGUCACUCGGAACUCAUUAAAUGUUUUACAUUUUUUCAGACUUGUUAUGACCGGUAUGGAGCCUCGGCAGAAGUGCGUAUGCACGUGCUGCAGGGUGUGAAGGAACUCGUUGCUCGGACGCUUCACAAGGUGGGAUCAAAGAAAAAGAGGGCCAUGGGGUUUCCUUCGCACACACUUUUUAUCAUGGCACUGAUAUGGGCGCAACUGCUGCAGCCCGUCGCACGGGCCCUUUCGGAAAAGGACAGUCUGGGAACAGAGACAUGCAGCCUCGCUGUGCACAUCCUUCGAAAGCUUGUUGAUCUCUGUUGUGGCACGGGAGGUACGACCAUUGGCAUUCAUCUGCAGAAGAAGGUCCGAAGUGUUCCGCUGCUGCUUCUUAUGAAUGUGGCGUACAUUGGGGGCAUGUGCAGCGACGUGGAUAGUGCGCAGUCGUGUUUGGCGCAGUUUUCCACCAUCUGCACGAGCGCUCUGAGUCAGGAGGAGACGGUUUCUCCCGAAGAUGAAUUGCCACUCCUGGAUGCGGCCGACGUGGCGGAAUUUGAUCCUGUCAGGGAAUCUAGCAAAUUUCUUUUGCAGCGCCUUAUUGAGAAUGUGCGGCAAAAGCCAGACGUGCUCGUUCUUCACGCUUUGGAGCGCAUGAGCUUACUUCUCUGCUGCCACGUGCAACAGACGCGGACGGACGUCAUCACCGCUCUGCGUGCACUGGUGGUGCAACUGGGACCAUCGCAGCUGCAGCAUCUCGCCGUGCACCUUUCCGACGCCGUGUUGAAGGCAUCAUUAGGCCACGCGACACCGGAGAACACGUCGCCCAUGGCGGACUCAAGUUUUGUGGCCCAUGCCCUUUUUAGCCUGAAGACGCCCUUCAACAUGCGCAGGUGUUCGCCGACCUCAUUCCGUGCCACACUACCCCUUGUGCUGAGCUUCAUGUCUCAGGAGUUUCUCACGGAGGUUCCGUUGGAGUACUUGGAUUCUGUCGCGGCAAUCGUCAUGAAACACUGCCUUGUUCCUCUCGUUGUCUCUCCGCGCUCUGCCUUUCAGUUUCGUGCAACCGCCGUCCGUUUCCUUAUGCAUUGUGCAUUGCUCUGCGUCACGCGCCAAACCAUUGACGGCAGAGACUCAUGCGGCAGUAAGACUGGCAGUAGUAGUAGCAGUAUUAUUAGCAUUAGCAGCAGCAGCAGCAACACCAUCGCGGAAUGUGUAAGCCUUCUUCUUUUUGCGUUGCGUGUUCCCGUGCGGUUCAUUGUUCCUGACGGCGCCGAUCACGCCGGGCGCCGGUGGGUGAAGGAAGAAAAGUCGGCUGCCCUUUCAGAGUACAUGCGGAAAGGCGCGGACGCCAUUCAAGCGUUAUGGACCGCAGAAGCGUAUGAAGUGACGGGAAGCCGAAGAAGUGCCACGCUUAGCGGCACGGGGAAAACGGAAGCCAACGUGGAGCCGGAAGAAAUUGCCCGAACGAUGCGUAGCAGUUGGUCUUCGCCCUUUGGAGAGGUGGCAACCGAUGAGCAACUGGUCGAAUACUGUUCUCUGAUGGCGCUGCUGCUGUCGCCGCUGCCAAAAGUGCUGGGUGCUUUUCCCCCACAGGUCUUUAGGGCGAAGAAUGGUGAUCCGACACCGCACCAUUCCCAGCAGCAGCAGCAGCAGCAAGAAGAGGAGAAGCUGUUUGAUGCGGUGGUCUGGGCACCUCCGCCGGCGGAUCACAAGCUUCUGAAGGAAUUGGUGCUGGAGACCACGGGUAUAUUCUUUUCUAUCCUGUGGCGUGUGAACAACGUCGCGGAGAUGGAGAAAUUUAUGACAAGGGCAACUCAAAAAGGACGCGAUGCGCCGUCUAUAUGCAAAAGCAGCGCGCUUCUUCCCCAUGCUGCAAUCCGGGGAGGACUGAACGCUUUUCUUACACUUGCGCUAUGGGUGGACAUCCCCGAACUCCGCGAUGUUUUUGUGGAAAUCCUGCGAAUCACGGCAACGGUGCAGAAACUGACACUCAGCAUGCGGGAGGCACAAAAGAUGGUUGAAGGCGCCGCGGAAACCGCGGCCAUGCAGCGCCCGAGCCCACUGGAGCAGCAGCAUAUACGCAGCUGCAACGUGGGCAUGUACCAGGAGCUCUCCUCGGUGGUGGCGCAUUGGAUAAGGACUGUUGUGCACCAGACGGAUGACAUGACAUCCUCGCUAGCGGCCACGCAACGUGACGAGCUCCGAAGCGUAGCGGGAGAUCCCGAGGUGUUUUCAGGCGUGGUGCAGCUCUUGACAGUCGCGGCUGGUGCAGUCAUUGUGGCGGUUCGCGACUACUUGGUGUGGUACAUUGCCGCACAAGAGCACGAGACAAAACAAACGACGGAGACGUUUGACCCCGACACAUGA